UCGUUGAUAAAGAGUUGAAUAAUAUUCAAUAUAUUUUCAAUUUCGGUCAGUGGUCUUACUAAGCCCUAGCCGGCUAUAUUUCUACUUAAAUUAUAUAUUACAACUCUGAACACUUCCACUAUUAAUCGAAUGAAUAAUAAAAAUAUUUAUCUGCCAUCGCGAUUUGCUGUUUUAUUGGAUUGCACUACUGCAAUGUCGGACGGUUUUUCGAUGAGCCUUAAGAUUCCCUUCUGUUUGUUCUGUGAUGAAACAGCUAAAAAUUCUAUAUUGUCACUAUACUGAUUAGGAAGCAUAACUUUCCGGUAGCAUCAAGUUUUAAGGAGAAUGGAGAAUCUUAAUUACAAUUCUUUUGAAACGUUUAGUAUGUUUCAAAUGUUGUUUAUGCCAUGGAAAUGUAACUUUAUUAAUAUGCAUAGUGAAAAUACUGAACUGAACAGCAGUUAACAUUUGAAAUAUUGCUAUAGAACUAACUAUGAAGUCAAAGCAAUCAGCAGUUGUCUCGUGGGAUUCAAAAUUACCAUUUCCGAAGUUUCCAGUCUGGUUGUAUGUUUUAAUAGUAGCAUUUGUAUCUAUAUUAUGCUAUGGUAACUCAUAUUAUGGUGCGUUUGUAUUUGAUGAUUCUGAGGCAGUUGUAAAUAAUCACGACGUAAAUCUAGAAACUCCAGUUAUUAAGAUUUUUAGCCACGACUUUUGGGGUACGAGACUAACAAAUCAGGCUAGUCAUAAAUCAUACAGACCUCUUACAAUACUGUCCUUCAGGUUAAAUGUGUGGUUAAAUAAUGGACAUUUAUGUCCAAAGUCAUUACAUUUCACCAAUAUAAUUUUACAUGCAAUUGUUUCCUGUCAACUGUUACAUGUCUAUAAUUUGUUAUUUAAUGGAAAUUCUCCUAAGACUUCAUUUUUAGCAGCUCUCAUGUUUGCAGUGCAUCCUUUCCACACAGAAGUGGUGUCUGGUAUAGUCGGUCGCGCUGAUCUACUUAGUGCAUGUUUGUCUCUUCUUGUCUUCAUUAUUUAUCAUAGAACAGCAAAAGCUAAACAAAUAAAUACAUUAACCAACAUAAUAGCCACAGUAUUUUGUUGUAUUUUAAGUGCCAUGGCUAUGCUAUGCAAAGAACAAGGACUUAUGAUUAUGACGUUUUGUGGUGUGUUUGAAGUUAUUGUAAUCAACAAAAUCACGUUUCAAAAUAUUAUGAAAAAUAUUACAAUUUCAAAAAUAAUAAGAUUGCUUAAAAAAGAAUCAUUAGAAAGGCUGUUUAUAUUGACUGUCGGAUUUUGUAUUAUUCUUUAUGGCAGAUGGACUAUCAUGGGCUCUCCUCCUACUUUUCAACAAAUUGAUAAUCCUGCAUCAUUUUUAACAACACCAUUUGAAAGAUUUGUAAAUUACAGUUACAUCUAUUUCAUCAACAUUUGGAUAAUGAUAUGUCCUGUUUGGCUAUGUUUUGAUUGGUCAAUGGGUUGUAUCCCUCUGAUACAUUUGAAUACAUUUCCCAAAGAUCCAAGAUUAUUCAUUGUUUUUGGAUUUUGGACUAUUCUUGUAUUAAUAUUUUAUAAGAUCCUGUUUUCAAAAAUGUAUGAUAAAAAACAAAUACAAAUGGGAUUUUUAUUAGGUCUUUUAUCGUUUCUACCUGCUUCAAAUUUAAUGUUUACUGUUGGAUUUGUCAUUGCAGAACGAGUGUUAUACUUGCCUUCCGCUGGUUUCAUUAUAAUUGUAGUCCUGGGUAUCAGGAGAUUAUGUUUUAAUUAUUUUGUUCAAAGAGUUGUUAGAAUAUGUAUUUUACUAUUAAUUUUUGUACAUUCCAUUCGAACAUAUCAACGCAGUAAGGAAUGGAGUUCUGAAUUAGAAUUAUUUAGAAGUGCAUUAAAAGUUUGCCCAAUGAAUGCUAAAGUACAUUAUAAUUUGGCAAAAAGUUUAGCCGAUAUUGGACAUACACAGGAAGCUAUAGACCGUUAUAAACAUGCACUAUUAUUACACCCAAAGUAUGAUCAGGCGAUGAAUAAUUUAGCAAAUAUUUUAAAAGACAAAAAUGAAUUGGAAGAGGCCAGAUCUUUAUUAGAAAAAGCUGUUACUAUCAGAAAUGAUUUUGCUGCUGCUUGGAUGAAUUUAGGUAUUGUAUUAUCCGCUCAACACGAGUACAAUAAAGCUGAAGAUGCAUACUUAACAGCCUUACAGCACAGAAAAAGUUAUCCUCACUGUUACUUCAACUUGGGAAAUUUAUAUUUGGAAAUGGGAGAGAAGACUAAGGCAUUAUUUGCUUGGCAAAAUGCUACAUUUCAACAACCAACCCAUGUUAUUUCAUGGAAUAAUAUGAUUGUGCUGCUAGAGUCAAUUGGUGAAUUAAAAAGAGCAGAGAAUGUAGCUCGCACAGCCCUUUCUAUUUUACCAAAUGAACCAAAUUUACACUUUAAUAUAGCCAACAUAUUAGGUAAAAUAGAUAAAUUUGUUGAAGCUGAAAAACAUUUUUUGGCUGCUAUUAAAUUAAAACAUCGAUCUUCUAAAGCUAUAUUAGUUGCAUUAUAUCAUUCAAAUCUUGGAGUUUUGUAUCAUCGUUGGGAAAAAUAUGAUCUCGCAGAAAUGCAUUAUUCACAAGCAUUGAUGAUUGAUCCAAAUAUGCAGAAAGUUAAAAAUCACCUUGCAUUAAUACGUAAACAUUUAGGUGAAAUCAAUCAACCCACUCUAAGUAUGAAGUCUUAUCAACAAGAAAAAGAGUUUUAAUAAAUCAAAUUGGAAAAGUUUUUGUUUCAUUAAUAUUAUGGUUAUAUUAUGCAAGUACAAGUCUGUAUUGCUGUCAUGUUUGCGUUCUAAAAGUUAUCAAAAGUCAAACAUAAAUAUUAUGAUAACAAUGUUGGUUUAGAUCAUACAAUAGAAAUACAUAUAAAUAUAAUAUGAACAAAAAUGGUAAAUGAUCAAGUAUAACAUUUUUAAUAACCACUACUGUGAAAACAUAUGGUUGUGAUUAAUUUUUAAUUUAGUCAUGUAUGAAAAUAUAAUGAAUAUUUUUGUAGUUAAUAUUUAUUUCCAAGUAAUGUCUUACUUUAAUUUUUAUUUGUGUGUACCAUGACAUCAAAACUUCUUUUAACCAUUCCAGUGAUAUAAUCUAAAAUUAAAGUAUUUAAUUUACUUAAGUUAAUGUAACUACAAUAUUGAUUAGUUCUUGAAAACCAGUUAUUAUAUUUUGUUAGUGUUAUAAUAUGAAUGUACAGGAUAGUUCAUCUAUGUUUAAUCAUGAAACAACUGUUUUUUCCCCGUAGAAUGUAUUUUACUAUUUAAAAUACUAUGUAAUUAUUUAAUUUCCAUAACUUUUUGUUGAUUGAAUAAGAUAUGUUCAUAAGAUGUUUUGUAAAAAUGAAUUUUUUUUAUCUCGUACACGAUGUACAGUUUAAAAAAUGUGACUUUUGAGGAUGCUACAACUGUAAGUGUUGCCUGUCUUAUUUUUUUUACAUAACGUUAGAAAUCUAUGUAUCAGAUUCUUACCACAGUUCAUUUAUUAUUAACAUUAGAGCAAAUUUACAUGUUAGACAAAUUGUAGAGGAGAAUAUAAACUAUAAAAUGUGUCUAAGCAAAGAUUUUUUGAUACUUUAAUUUUAAAAUAAGUCAUAAGUAUGUCAGCAUAAUAUUUGUUUUCACUCUUAGACCCAUUCUUUAACAUAGACAAAACACAUUCACCUAAAAUCGUUUUUAUGAUUUCUUAGUUAUCUUAGAGUAAAGUUACCUAUUACAAAAAUUAUAGAGGGUAAUAUUUCUCAGGGUGGGUAUGAAAAAUCAGUAUACCAUACUUUCAAAAAUAUUAUUCUCUAUCGUUUUUGCAAUGAUUGAUUUUACUCUAAAAUAUAAAAA